AUGAAGAGAGGGACUAAGUGUAUCGCGCAGACCAUUAAUCUGUCAAAUCCGAAAACAUGCGUGAGGCCGAAAGUUCAGAGGCUCGUCAACGCAGAUCCACACUUCAAUUCUGAUCGCGUAACCGAUUACUGGAUCGCUAGACCGGUGGCUGUUAAAGUCUGCUCGCGGAAAGACAUGCAACAAAAGUGCCCGCUAAAACUAAAGAUUCACGCAGCCUGUCCUGUUGAGACGCCUCUAUCGAGUGGCCAACGACUUUGCGGGAUCGCGAUGUUCUUUCUGAAGGGUGCCAUCGCCGCCAGUCUUGUUUAUUGGACCUGCACGGAGGGUCUCUGGGGCGACAGUAGCGAAGCAGAGGAUCUCUAUUGCAGAAUAAUAAGCGCACACAACACCGCUCUGCAGGUACAGCUGCCGCAUCUGGAGGGAAUAAGAUACUCGAUGUCAGAAGCGUACAAUCGCGCUCUGGUGAGAUGCAUGGAUAUUAUCGUCGGUGUACCGUUGGAGCUGCAUCGGAAGCUGCGAGAUCUCUUAUUCCCGUGCGACGACGUAACCGGAGGAACGGAAGAGGCGGAAGAACGCGAGGCGCAUCUCACCAGCUGA